UUACAGUUUCAGCCCUUUUAAAUAGCAUAAUUCCUUUUUGCAGCUCCCCCACACAGAGAAUAGAUACUACCUCGCACGUGCUCCCCCUUUGGCGCCAUUUCUCCCACACUCUAACACGCACUAUUGCGGGAGGAUUUAACAAACCGAUGCCGGAGGAGCCGAGACCCAAAAGGCCGAAAAUUUCCAGGGGGGAUGAUGACUACGUGCCAGGAAAUAUAACUAAAAUUGAACUCUGCAAUUUCAUGACCUUCAAUAAAAUGACCUGCAAGCCAGGCUCGCGCUUAAAUUUGGUUAUUGGACCAAAUGGAUCUGGAAAAAGUUCUCUUGUAUGUGCCAUUGCACUAGGACUUGGAGGGGAACCUCAGCUUCUGGGGAGGGCUACCAGUAUUGGAGCCUAUGUGAAGCGUGGGGAGGAAUCUGGGUAUAUUAAGAUUUCUUUGAGAGGAGAAAGCAAGGAGGAGCCAAUUACCAUUACAAGAAAAAUAGAUACACGUAACAAGUCUGAGUGGCUGUUUAAUGGCAAAGUAGUGGGAAAAAAGGACAUUAAUGAAGUAAUUCAAAGAUUCAACAUCCAAGUCAAUAAUUUGACUCAAUUUCUACCACAAGACAGAGUUUGUGAGUUUGCAAAGUUAACUCCAGUGCAACUCCUUGAAGAAACUGAAAAAGCUGUUGGUGAUCCUCAAUUACCUAUUCAGCAUCAGACUCUCAUCACGAAGAGUCAGGAGUUAAAGAAGUUUCAAAGAGCUGUUGAGAGCAACAAAGGAUCUCUGGAUCAACUAAAGGCUCUUAAUGCUGAACUUGAGAGAGAUGUUGAACGUGUUCGCCAAAGAGAAGAUCUCUUAGCAAAGGCUGAGUCUAUGAGGAAAAAAUUGCCAUGGUUGAAGUAUGAUAUCAAGAAGGCCGAAUAUAUAGACUUCAAAAACAGGGAGAAGGAUGCAAAGAUGAAGCUAGAUGAAGCGGCCAAGGCUUUGAAUGAACUCAGAGAGCCUAUUGAGAGACAAAAGUGCGAGAAAGCAAAACAAGAAGCUGCAUUGAAAAAGAUUAAUGGUUUGUUAGAUAACAAUAUGAAGAAGCGUAUGCAGCUCUCUGAUAAUUAUAAUCGUCUGGGAGUUUUAAUUCAGGGGAAGUACAAUGAUGUGGAAGAUUUGAGGCGUCAGGAAGAAUCUCGUCAACAAAGAAUCUCUAAGGUUAAAGAAGACCUAGCCACUGCAGAGGCAGAACUUGCUAAUCUUCCUCCUUAUGAACCUCCAAAGCACAAGAUGGAACAAUUAAGUGCUAGGAUUAUGGAGCUUGAAGAGGCUGCAAAAGAGAUUAGAUCUCACAAGAAGGAGAAAGAGAAACACUUAAGCCAUCAUAAAGGGAUCCUCCGACAGUGCGCAGAUAGGUUGAGAGAGAUGGAGAACGCCAACAAUAAGCGUUUACAAGCAUUAAAGAAUUCUGGUGCUGAGAAGAUAUUUGAGGCUUAUCACUGGGUUCAGGAGCACCGCGACAAGUUCAAUAAGGAAGUUUAUGGUCCUGUAUUGCUCGAGGUAAAUGUCGCCAAUCGGCUUCAUGCAGACUACCUAGAGGGUCAUGUUGCCAAUUACAUAUGGAAGGCUUUUAUUACUCAGGAUUCUGAGGAUCGAGAUUUACUGGUUAAAAACUUGAGGUCCUUUGAUGUUCCUGUUAUCAAUCAUGUCAGGAAUGAAGGUGGCUGCAGGGAACCCUUUCAAGAAACUGAUGAAAUGCGUAAACUUGGCAUAUCUUCCAGGCUUGAUCAAGUGUUUGAAGCUCCUCAUGCUGUCAAAGAAGUUUUGAUCGGUCAAUUUGGAUUGGAUCAUUCAUACAUUGGGUCCAAAGAAACCGAUGAGAAGGCUGAUCUGGUCUUUAGAUUGGGAAUUAUGGAUGUCUGGACACCAGAAAAUCAUUAUCGUUGGCUCAGAUCCCGCUAUGGGAAUCAUGUGUCUGGAAAUGUUGAAUCAGUCGAUCGUUCCCGUCUACUUUUAUGCAAUUUGGAUGUUAAGGAAAUUGAGAGUGUCAAAUUGAGGCAAACAGAGGUGGAGGAGACCGUUCGUACCAUAGAUGGAAAUUUGAGAGCUCUCCAAACUGCCUUAAGACAGAAGGAAGAUGAAGCAGCUGAACUUCAGCGUGAACGAGAGGAGAUUGUUAACAUCAUACAAAGCGAGAAGAAAAGGAGAAGGGAGAUGGAACACCUUGUCAACCAAAAGAGAAUGAAGUUGAAGUCAAUAGAAAGGGAGGACGACCCAGAUGCUGCAAUAGCAAAGCUUACUGACCAGGUUAAAGAAUUAAAGAUCCAACGAUUCCAAUGUGCUAUAGAGAUUAAGAAUUUACUUACUGAAGCUGUUGCUUACCGAGGAAGUUUUGCUGAAGCUAGCAUGUGCUCUAUUGAACAUGAAGCUAAGAUUAAGGAGAUGGAAUCCAAUGCAAAGCAACAAGAGAAGUUUGCCUUGCAAGCAUCAUUAUACUUUGACGAAUGUAAGAAUGCAACAGAGUAUUGCCGACAGCAGCUGUCAGUUGCCAAGAAACAUGCAGAAUCCAUUGCUCCAAUUACUCCUGAGCUUCAGCAGGCCUUCCUGGAGAUGCCUACUACAGUUGAAGAUUUGGAAGCUGCAAUUCAAGAUACAAUAUCUGAAGCCAAUUCUAUUCUUUUCCUUAAUCAUAACAUUUUGGAGGAAUAUGAAAGUCGUCAAAAAAAGAUUGAAGAGCUUACUAAUAAGCAAGAAAUGGAUGAAAAGGAAUUAAAUAUCCGUUUAGAUGAGAUCAACGCGCUGAAGGGAAGUUGGCUCCCAAUGUUGAGAAGCCUUGUUACUCGGAUUAAUGAAACUUUUAGUCACAAUUUCCAAGAAAUGGCUGUUGCAGGCGAGGUGUCUUUAGAUGAACAUGACAGAGAUUUUGAUCAAUAUGGGAUCCUGAUAAAAGUCAAGUUCAGGCAAACGAGCCAGCUUCAGGUUUUAAGUGCUCAUCACCAAUCUGGAGGGGAGCGCUCAGUUUCAACUAUUCUCUACCUCGUCUCUUUACAAGACCUCACAAACUGCCCAUUUAGGGUAGUUGAUGAGAUAAAUCAAGGCAUGGACCCAAUAAACGAGAGGAAAAUGUUUCAGCAGUUGGUCAGAGCAGCCAGCCAACCAAAUACGCCACAGUGUUUCUUGCUUACUCCAAAAUUGCUGCCAAAUCUAGAGUACAGUGAUGCUUGCAGCAUUCUUACUGUGAUGAAUGGUCCUUGGAUCGAGCAGCCGUCAAAAGUGUGGAGUGGUGGUGAGAAUUGGGGAUCUGUCAGAAUCCCAAUGGGGGAAAACCGCUGCUGAGGGGCUUAUGCGUCCCCCAAUGUUCACUGUCCAUAACAAUCGGACACGAGAUGGAGAGUUUUAGUGUUCUUAAUGAUGUAAAUGUGGAUGAUUUUUGGCUGGCACAGGUUAAAUUCUUGUAAUUUAGGACUAAUUGAAAUUUAGCCCAUGCCACUCUGUACUGUGUUGUAGCACUCUAUUGGUCUCCCAAUUGUAAGGAUUGUCCUUUAACUAACCUUUCAGAGAUGUGAGCUCUUCAUUUUUGUCUUCA